GGCUGGAGGGCGCCACUUGAACGAAAUUCGAACAACUUCGUGAGCUAGAUUUACUAUGGAAGCUGAAAACCUAAUCUUCCGAGACUGAAUCCUAUGAUUGCUAUGAAACCUUAUAUCAUCGCUUUACAAAAAUUAAAAUAUCCUGGUUUUACACGUUUUUCGAUGCUGUUAUUUCAAUAUUUCUUUUCCAGAAAGAAUAAGUGAUAAAUGAAUUUUAGGUAUGACUAGAGACGCUCGUCACUCGCUUCAUGUUUGGCCGCCAUGUCUGAAGCUCGGCUGUAACCUUAGAGUUCGGGUUGUGCUUUUCUUUGUUGUAUAAAAAAGACAGUGGUUUUUGUUAGUUAUAGACAAUGAAUUACUAUAUUUAGUUAAUUAAUAUGAACUUUGAUAUAUGUGGAGUGUUUGAUGAAUUCAAGCAAUUCGAUAGAGUUAACUUUUGCAGAAGUUACUCAAACAUCGUAUUUUUAGUUCAUCCGCCAUAUUGGCGUUAAUAUCCUUCAUGUGGAUCCCAUCUUGAUUUACUUAUUAAAUACAUUUUACAAUAUCUGACUUCCGUUAUCUCCCUGGGUUUAAACGCAGCCCUAGGGCAUUUUAGGUUAUAAUAGUUUAAUGGUUGGAUUGAGGUGGUACUAGGGUGCAACCGCACCUAAGAAUUUAUUAUGAUAGAAUGGUUUAAUGUUAUAAGAGGGUUUAGCUGAUGCCUCUUAGUCAGAAACUGGAUGAACCUCUUGUAACGAUUGAGAUUGCAGACUCCAGCACAAUGCAGCAGGCUGUGGAUCCUCUCGCAACUACAAGUACUCCAAUGGCAGAACCUGUCAAUGGAGCACCACCAGAGGACACGCCGCGGCGGCAAGGCCGGAUAACGAAUCAAUUGCAGUUCCUCCAGAAGAAUGUGAUCAAGGCAGUUUGGAAACAUAAGUUUGCAUGGCCAUUUCAUCAGCCCGUAGAUGCAAAGAAGCUAAACCUCCCAGAUUACCAUAAAAUUAUAAAAAAGCCGAUGGAUUUGGGUACAAUUAAAAAGCGUUUAGAGUCAAACUACUACUACUCGGCGCAAGAAUGUAUCCAAGACUUCAACACAAUGUUCACCAACUGCUAUGUUUACAACAAGCCUGGAGAGGAUGUGGUUGUUAUGGCACAAACCUUAGAAAAAUUGUUUUUGAACCGGAUAGCGCAAAUGGACAAAGAGGAAAAGGAAAUCGAGGUACCAUCGAACAGUGCGAAGGCGGCCGUGAAGAAGCGAACGAGCGGGUCUGUGGGGUCGGUGGGCAGCGUGGGCAGCGUGGGCGCGGUGGGAGGCGUGGGCGCGGCGGCGGGCGGCGCGGUGUCGCGCGCGGCCGUCAAGGCGGUGCCCAGCACGCCGCUGCCCGCCUUCGUGGGCUCCACCAACACCACCACCACGGCCGCGCUCUCCGCCGCCGCGCCCACGCCGCCCGCCACGCACACCGGACUGCCGCAGCAGACACCUGUAUCAACUAUACCGGCGGUUACUUUGUCCCAGACGCAACCUGCCAAGGUAAAGAAAGGUGUGAAAAGAAAAGCUGAUACAACAACACCAAUGGGUAGUUCGUUUGAAGGAGGUUACACUACCCCGACAAUUGAUCAGCAAGGUGGACCGAAACCGGCGAAAAUAUCUACGAGAAGAGAAAGUGGACGCCAGAAAAAGGCUGGAAGAGUAGGAGAGGAUAAUUUCAAAAUGGGUGGAUUAUCACCAGGCAUGGGCUCGGCGGGCGCGUCCCACCAUUCUAGUAUGACCCCUCAGAUGGUGAAGGGUAAAGAGAAACUCUCCGAUGCUCUCAAGAGUUGUAAUGAAAUAUUAAAGGAGUUGUUUUCUAAAAAACACUCAGGAUAUGCGUGGCCAUUUUACAAACCUGUAGAUGCGGAAUUGCUCGGUCUUCAUGAUUAUUUUGAUAUUAUUAAGAAACCGAUGGAUCUUGGCACCGUCAAGCAAAAGAUGGAUAACCGAGCAUAUAAAACUGCCGCCGAGUUCGCCGCAGACGUGCGCUUAGUAUUUACGAAUUGCUACAAAUACAAUCCCCCGGAUCACGAUGUCGUUGCCAUGGCGAGGAAGCUGCAAGACGUUUUUGAGAUGAGGUAUGCUAAGAUUCCUGAUGAACCAGUCCACGUUGGAGUGACUCACACGACGGAGAAAGGCAGCUCCGCCUCCAGCUCCGAGUCGGGAUCGGAAUCUGACUCCGAGUCUGAUGAUUCAGAAGAGGAGAGAAACAACAAAGUCAAGAUACUCGAGAAAGAAUUACUUGCCCUUCAAGAGAAGAUGAGAAAGCUCGUUGAAGAAUCAAAUAAUAAGAAGAAGGCAAAGAAGAAAGUGAAAGACAAGCAAAAGAAACAGACGUCGAGUACCACAAGUAGCAGUACUAUACCCAAAACGAACGCGGUCACGGCGUAUGGAACUAAAACGAAUAACAUUAGUGAAAGUCUGGUGUGUGUCCCGCCGGUAGCGAGUAGCGCGGUGCGCGGCAAGCCGGGCAGCAAGCGCGGCGCGGGUGCGGGCGCGGGCGCGGGCGGCGCGGCGGCGGCGAGCAAGGCGGCGUCGCGCGCCGGCGGAGCGCCCGCCAAGAAGAAGAGCUCCACGCCGACCGCCGCGCCCGCGCCGCACCCGCCGCAGCACCCCGACACAGACGACGAGGACGUCGCCAAGCCCAUGUCGUACGAUGAGAAGCGACAGCUCUCGCUGGACAUCAACAAGCUGCCAGGUGACAAGCUGGGCAAAGUGGUGCACAUCAUUCAAAGUCGAGAACCUUCUCUGCGAGAUUCAAAUCCAGAUGAGAUUGAGAUUGACUUUGAAACUCUGAAGCCUUCGACUCUGAGGGAGCUCGAGAGUUACGUCGCGUCGUGUCUUCGCAAAAAGACUCAUCGGAAAGUUUCGGGUAAAUCAAAGGACGAACAAAUGGCGGAGAAAAAGCAGGAACUAGAGAAGCGGUUGCAAGAUGUGUCAGGGCAGUUAGGAACUAAUAAGAAACAGCAACCGAAAAAGGAGGGGUGCAAGGAGGGCCUGGGCGGCGGCAUGUCGUCAUCCUCCAGCUCUUCGGACUCCGCGCUCAUUACUCCCAACAUCAAGAAGGAGGAGCCCAAGCCCCUCCUCACGCCUAAACCUAUAGAAGACCUGAUGGGCGUACCCAAUAUGGGGACGAACAACGUUUCCGAGAGAACGAAAUAUGAUAUGGAGAAAAAGAUGGAGGAGUCGAAAAACUUUGCUCAGCCUUUCAAAAUAAAACAGGAGCAAAAUCUGAAAAACGCUAGUUCUUGGUCGUCCCUGGCGCAGGCCGGCAGUCCGCAGAACAUCCCCAACAUAGGAACGAAUAAUCAAGUCAAACAAAAACCUGUUAUGGAUAGUUGUUUCCAAGCGUUCAAGAAACAAGCUCGAGAGAAAAUUGAUCGACAAAGAGCGCUUCUAGAACAGCAGGAAUUAAGGAAAAAAGAGCAGGCGGAAAGAGAGAGACAGCGGCAAGAAACGGAGAGGCGACAUCCUGAGGAAGAAAAGUUAAGGGUGGUACAGAACGUGCGCAAGACUGAGAGCGCGGAGGUGUCGUCGCCGAGCGUGUCGCCGGUGGCGCGCGCCUCCCCGCCCGCAGCGGCGGCGGCGGCGGCGGCGGCGGCGCAGGCGCAGGCGCAGGUCGCGCCCGACAACAAGCCCGCCAGCGAGCGCGAGCGCCUGCGACAGCGCGAGCAGGAGCGGCGCCGGCGAGAGGCGAUGGCGGGCCAGAUAGACAUGAACAUGCAGAGUGACCUGAUGGCUGCGUUUGAAGAGUCGCUGUAAAGUGCUUCGUGAAAGUUUAAUUUAAUUGUAAAUAUGGUAUAUAAAUAAAUGUCAAUGCAAUCUACAGUGUGAGUGCGUGUGGGCGUGGGCCGGUGACGCCGACGCUGACGCUGAACGAUGGUCGGUGACGCCCGAGUGUUUGUGAUUGUUCUCCGAGUGAAGUUAUCGACUUAUUAUAUGUGGUUAAGUGCUGUGAAUAGAUAUACUUAUAUUUUAAAUAAAACUGUUGUAACAUCCGACCGGAGAGGGCGCGGGCCUCCGCAGAGGGUUGCAUUUUAAAUAAUGUAAUAUAAGUUUGUAUGCAAGUUCUUAAUGUAAACUCUCUUUACAUUCGUAAGCCUAUAUUUAUAUUUUAUUCUAGAAGUGUCUUCUACCUUCCAUAUUUGUUUUAUAGUAUGUAUUGAACAUAGAAUUGUAGAAUUUUAAAUUGAUAAAUCAAAAAUGUUUUAUUUUUAAUGUACUGAUAGAUAAUCAAUUGAAACAAUCAAAUGUGUAAUGUGUGGCGAGGUGGGGCGGCGCGGGGGCGGGGGCGGGGGCGCGGCGCUUUGCACGAUGAGAUUUUAUGUAACAAACGUCUCCAUCGACGCGACAUCUCCCUACUACCUGCGUUGCAUCGCGUCUAUAAUUUUAAUAUUAUUUUCAGUUUUAUACAAAUGACUAAUGUAUGUUAAAGUAAAACUUAGCGAUGUGUCGUAGCAAAAGAUACUAAUGUUUUAGUAUUGUAACUAUUAAUUUUGUAACUAAUAAAAGAGAAAUGAACUAUAUAGUAGUCGAUUUAAAUUCUUUACUUUUACUUAUUGACUGUGUAUGUAAUUGUUACAUAUUAUUCGAAUGUUGUUAGUGUAUGAGUAAAUAAAUGAUGAGUUGUUGUUCCUGUCCCUCAAUAUUUUAUUGACUGUCGUGAUGGUGACCGCAAGGUCCGUUAGCAUUGUGUUUACAUAAAAUCUCAUGGCGGUGUAGAGAGGGCACGGUGUAAGCAGUGCGUGGCGCAGUUGCGUGUUGUCCGAGGCCACGACGCAGGCCCCGGGGCGAGGCGUGCGUUAUGUAUUUAAUAGUAAAAUAAAUUUCUGUUACGUGUUCGAUUUUCGAUAAAUAUUGCUUAAUGUUAGUAGAUUUUUUAUCAGUCUGUCAUCGUAAAACAAAUCAAAUGUCAUACAUUUGAUUUGGAAAUAUAUUUAUUUUACAUUGGAAUAUGUCUUUUUUAUGUUUGUAGAUAGUUAACUCCAGUGGAAAUCUUGUAAAGUAUUUAAAGCCGAGGCGGUCGUUGGCCGCCGAACGGCAACCAUACCUCCGUCGUCCACGAGCGAGCAUUGUAUAUUGUUAAGCAAAUUUAAAUUGCAGUCACUUACUCAAUCUUUAAAUCAAAUGUAGAUAUUGAACUAAAAUAUAUUGACAUUCCAUAUAGUAAACUGUUGUUUAAAUUGAUGUACAUGUAAAUACUGCGCCGCUACUAGGAUGUUACGAUACUCCGUCGAAAUAACACACAUGAAUCAAUUUUUAAGUUAUUUUAUUAGUUAUACCAAAAAUCAUGUUAUUUUUUUGUGGGUAUUAGAUAAAAAGCAAUAAAUCAGUGUCUUCGCAAUAAAAAUUCAUUAAAAUCUAUUGUUGCUGAACUCAUGCAAGUUAAAUCAUUUUUAUAUACCUCGUGUACAUAUGACAAAUAUUUUUAUUUAAUUUCACAAACCUGAGCCAUCGUUGUUAAAUUACUUGGCAUAUCGACACCUAGUGUUUUUGUUAAGGUAUUCUAUGAAACAAACAAUUGUCCAUAUGAAGUUAAAAACGACAUGUUCCACGUACAUGUAGUAUAUUUAAAUAAAAAGUAUUUCAUUAUUGGGAUAAAUUAAACAAAUUUAUAUUUACGAAAUACGCAAUACAUUACGGUCGUACAUACAUAACUUGCUACGAAAACAUAGCGGUUAACAAAACAAUACAUUAGUACAUAGAUACUUAUUGCUAUUGCAGGUAGGCAUUUACUGUCUAUAUGUACACUGUGAAAUAUUAUGUACAUGUAUUUAAUAUGUAUUCCACCGUAUUGUACAUGUACUUAUCUUACAAAUAAAAACAAGAAAAAUUAACAAUUCAUUUUUAUAAAUAAACAUUUAUUUGGCUGAGUAUUUUUCUUUUCGUUAAAAUUUCCACGAACUAGCUCAGUUACCCUCUAGAAUGUUCUCACAACCAUACUAACCUAUACAAUAGUCUGAGGUAGUGACAACUACUAGCCUGCAUCCACUGGCCCCUUGAAUGAACUAGUGAUAGCGAGAUGGAAUACGUCACUUAACCUGCAUGAAGUUAGCUUUGCGAAUGUAGGGUAGUUAAGAAAAUUGAUAGAAAAAUAAAUUUAUCAAACGUUCAAAGAAACUUAAGUUCACCCGGUUUACUACGUUUCCAAUGCCUAAACAUUUGUACAAAAACCAUUUCUCUCUUUCACGAAAAAUGAGAAGGCUAUAAGAUUAUUGCUUUUUAAAC